CCAAAGAAGUGACAGAAUGAAUACGCCGCGUCAUGAUGAAGAGAAAGAGGAAAGAGAGAGCAGGCUAGUUGCAGGAAUUCAUCUUUUUGAGAAGAUUAGAGAAGAUGGACAUGAAUUCACUUUUGAAAACAGAGAGUUGACUGAUCAUGCAGAGCUUCAUGGCUCAGUAGACAAAAUGAAACGCAUUCAAAUGCCUAAAGGACCUCUGUUAAGAACUUCCUUUGCCCAAGUGAGGAAAGAGUCAGAACAAGCAGCAACUAUACAAAUUAUCAGCAGGUCUCCAAAUCAUUCCUACACCACAGUGACUCCUCAUUUAUUUCCUCCUGCAGUCACCACUCCCAGCCAAACAGAGUCCACACUGGUUCCUGGCAGAAGGUCAGCUUUGUUGCUGGAAGAUCUCCUAAUUGAGGUGACACAGCGCCCUCAACUCAGACUACUGCAGUUUUUACAGAGGGAGAUGAACACAGUCCAUGAAACACAAGAAAUAAAUACCAACGUUCCACCGAAAGAAGCCACCCAAAAACCACAAGACGGACAGUUUAUAUCCAAAAAUUUGAGCAACACAGAGCCAAACCCACCAGCAGAAUCAAAUGAAACCAUAUCCACAACCACUCCAUGGCUUGAGUUUACCCAUAAUCUAAACAAGACGCAGCUCACCAACCAGGCCGAAACCCUGACAAUGGUGGAAGCCGAAUCCAAACUCAAAGUGAAGCAAAAAAAACCCUCUCCUACACAACCACAACUGACCAAACGUGCAGGCAGACCACAGCUGAAAACGGACACAACACCUGCAAUAAGGCCAAUGAAAAUCAACAGUGUUGGUAAAAAUAAGGCUACGGUUAAACAGUUGGAGGAGAAGAGAAGAAAAAAGGAAAAUAAAACCCAAAAGACACCACAGAAAAAGAAGCAGGAAACAAGGCCAACACACUUUCCUUAUUUUAUGGACAACUACUGUCCACCUGAGUGCGCCUGCUACGGCCGAGUGGUUCAGUGCUCAGACAAAGGUGUGGACAAAGUUCCGUACGGCAUUCCCUACAACUCUCGCUACAUUCUCCUCAUGAACAACCACAUCAAUAGCAUUCAGCUGGAUCUUCUUCGUGAAUACGCUUCCAUGGAGUUCCUAGUGUUAAGCAACAACCUUCUCACCAACGGUGCCAUAGAAGGAGCCUUUGACGGUGUCCCAGCUCUAAAACGUCUCUACUUGGACAAGAACAUAUUGGAAAGCAUUCCAACAGACCUUCCUGUCUCUCUGGAGGAGCUUCGUCUGGAUGAUAACCAACUUCAUGUGAUGUCUGAGGCAGCCUGGGAUCGAUGUCCAGGACUCUUGGUUUUGAGUCUCAGCAACAACAGUCUAGGGAACGGUUCAGAGUCUCUUCCUGAAGGGAUGCUCUCACCACUUUGUAACCUUCGCACCCUGAACCUCAAUCACAACCUGCUGACCAUGGUUCCUUUACGUUUGCCUGUGUCAAUCAAGGAGCUCUACCUCAAAGGGAACCGCAUUGAGAAAUUUCGUGUUGGGGCUUUCAAUGGGAUUUCAGAGCUACUGGUGUUAGAUCUUAGUGAAAACAGGCUCACCAACAAAGGUCUUCUCAAGGACUCCUUCCUCAAUGUAACCCACCUGGAAAGCCUAAACCUGGAAGGCAACAAACUGAAGCAGGUGCCCCAACACCUCCCCUCCUCAUUAAAAACUCUCAAUUUAGAAGGAAACCUUAUAGUCUCAAUUAGGAAGUCAGCAUUCAACACACUGAAGAACUUGGAGCAUCUUGGCCUGGCUAAGAACAAAAUCACUAGAGUUGCAAUAGGUGCUUUUAAAAGUCUGCACGUCCUGCACCAGUUAGACCUUUGCCACAACACUUUGCUUCAGGUGCCCAGACAGUUGCCACAUGAUCUACACUCCGUAGCAUUGACACACAAUAAGAUUCAAUCGGUUCCCCGUGAUGCUUUUUGCUGGGGUGGUAAAAGUCUGAGUCCGAGCAGCCUCGUACAGGUACAACUGGAACAUAAUUUGAUUGAUAUGGGGAAACUGGAUACACAGGCUUUUAGGUGUUUAAGGGGGUUUCAGGUGGUACACUUCUAAUGAACUGAUGAAAAUUAAAGACAUUUUCAGUGGCCUCAUAAAACAACAGUACAAGCUUCUGUCAAUAAAGAAUAUUUAUUGAAAAAUUAAAUUAAGUUCUGAGUACUAUUUCAAGGCUAACAUGAUCCCCUCAAUGUAAAAAAAAGCUCACUUCUCCCAAACUUACUACUAAUUAUAUUUAACUAUUGCUAUACUUUUUGCUUGUUCAGGUAUUUCUAGACAAACCUUGUUUAUCAUAAUUUGCAUUUGUUGGAACUCUUGAAAAGAAUAAUUUAAACGUAUAGACGUAAUACUGUUGUUCUCUAUUUAUCCACUAGAUGGUAGUAGUUUAUAAGCAAGACGGUUUAAGGGCGUGUCAAAUGAGAUCUCAAGACGUUGAAUUUGACUCAUUUCCAGUCAGCAAAUACUGAGUUUGUGGCAAAUGAAAUGCAUAUGUUUCAGGAAGUUUAUCUAGUGGUUAAAUGAGUGCUGUGUGUAUUUAUGGCUUGACACCAGUCUGCAAAUGAAGAAAUGUGAGCAGCACAUCAUCAAUCAUAGCACAUCGUUAGCUGUUAUCUUUUAGUAGUUUUUGACAUCAUUUGUGGAUGAAACACAUAUGAGGAAGCGAUUUGAUGAGGAAA